CUUUUGCCAAGGAAAACUAUCGGUUUCAAAUAUAUUUUUAAUGUCUUGUGUCCACUAAUCACUGUUUUAUUUUUUCUCAAGCAAAUUAAGAUCAAAUGAAGUGGGAUUCGGAAAAGUAAAUAUAGUUGCGUUCAUUGUACUAUUUAAAGCUCAGUUAUCUUACCUAUAGUCCACUUAUUCUAUUGGAUAAUCGUGAAUGAUUGAACGGAAUUGUCCAAUUAACAAGAAAGUAUCAGAGAACUAUGUUUGGCAAUAAAAAGAAUUCCAUUGCGUUGAAAUAUAAUAAUCAAUUUUAGCUGAUAUGAAGAGCGUGAUUGUCAAAUACGACAGAAGUAAAAUAUCAUGGUUUUUGUUGAUGUACAGCACGUUCUGUCCAGUUUCUUCGAUGAAUUUUUUACACAUCACCGAUGACGAUUAGAAAGAUGCUAUGGCGUCCUCAGGAUCGCAUAAUGGCGAUGCAGAGGCUGAGAGUGAUAAGUUCGAGGGGUCAAAAAUUGAUCGACAUGGUUUCCUUCAGGAUUCAAACUGUAGCACAGAUAGCCUUGGGAAACAAGGAAUACCACCUGAGGUAAUGUUACGAAGGGAACGAAAAUGGAUACAGAUGUUAAACAAUUGGAGUUAUUUCAUGAAUGCAAAUUAUCGUAAAGUUCGGGAAAGAUGUCGAAAGGGCAUACCACCUUCCGUUAGACUUCGUGCAUGGUUAAAUCUCUGUGGAGGUCAACUGUUAAUGGACACAAAUCCAAAUUUAUUCGAAGAAUUGGUAGAACGAUCUGGCGAUCCAAAAUAUAUAGAUGAUAUUAAAAAGGAUCUACAUCGACAAUUUCCACAUCAUGUGAUGUUUAUCGGAGAAGCACCUGGUCAGGAAGAAUUGUUUAAAGUAUUGAAAGCAUAUUCGAUAUUGAAUAGCAAAGUUGGCUAUUGUCAAGCUCAAGCACCUAUUGCUGCAUUUUUGCUGAUGCACAUGCCAGCGGUACAAGCAUUUUGGUGCCUUGUUGCGAUAUGUGACAAAUACCUAAUCGGUUACUAUAGUCAAGGGAUGGAAACAUUACUGCGCGAUGGAGAUAUUUUAUUUGCCUUGCUCAAAAGAGUAUCUCCUAUCGCUUACAAACAUCUGAAAAAACAAAAAAUGGAACCAAUUUUGUAUAUGACAGAGUGGUUCUUAUGCGUUUAUACACGAACACUGCCAUGGGAAAGUAUUCUACGAGUGUGGGAUAUGUUUCUUUGCGAAGGGGUUAAAGUUAUAUUCAAAGUUGGGCUAGUAUUGUUAAAAGGUAGUUUAGGUCGCACAUCUCUUGUUAAGCGUUGUCCAACAGUUUAUGAAACCCUUCAAGUAUUAAGAAAUCCUCCACAGCAUAUUAUGGAAGAAGAGACUUUGGUUUACCAGAUUCGGAAAUUAAAUCUAACCGAAGAAGAUUUCGAAUACGAGCAUCAACGUCAAGUACUAAAACGAAAAGCAGCAGAACAAGCUCCUCCUUCUACAGCCAAUUGGACAGAUUGAUAGAAGGAGAAAAUAACAUGUAAUAUGAGUACCGAGCUUACAGGUAUUACUCCAAAGUGUGCCUUCCUUUAUAUUCUUCGUAUUGUACGAUUCAUCAAAUUUAUAUAACUAUACUUUUGCAAAACGUAGAAGUAGACGUAGCAAAAUUUAAAAAGUACCUAACUUGUUUAUUAAAAAUUUAGAUAACUCGUUAAUACGUCAUACGUGAGUACACAUUCCCCAAAUAGAUAAAAUAAAUAACUUAUCCGUAUUUUCUCUACGAUAACAGAAUUAGAAAAAGAUGCACAAUAUUUGUAGUUGUUUAUAGUAAUGUUUAAUCUUGUAUUAUUUU